UUUUUUUUUUUAUUUCCUGUUGUUUUUGUUGGGAAUUGUCAAGUUAUCAGAAAAAUUUAAGUGGCGAAAUGAGUACAUCCAAUGAAUCGGUAUUUUUGAAUAAAACAGUGACUGUAUCACCAUUGGUACUUUUAUCAGUGGUGGACCAUUAUAAUCGAGUGGCCAAAGACUCCAAGAAAAGAGUGGUUGGUGUUAUAUUGGGAGAUAAUACCAGUGAUGUUAUAAAAGUUACAAAUUCUUAUGCUAUUCCAUUUGAAGAAGAUGAAAAAAACCCAUCGGUAUGGUUUUUAGAUCAUAAUUUUAUAGAGUCCAUGGGAGAAAUGUUCAAGAAAAUCAAUGCUAAAGAAAAAUUAAUUGGAUGGUAUCACUCAGGACCAAAAUUAAGAGCUUCCGAUUUGAAAAUCAAUGAUGUUUUCAGAAAAUAUACUACAAAUCCAUUAUUAUUGAUUGUGGAUGUUCAACCAAGAGUAGUUGGUAUUCCAACUGAUGCAUAUUAUGCUGUGGACGAUAUUAAAAACGAUGGUUCUGCUGCAGAACGGACUUUUGUUCACGUUCCCUCAUUAAUCGAAGCGGAAGAAGCAGAAGAAAUCGGGGUUGAACAUUUAUUAACCGACAUUAGAGAUCAGGCUGCAGGUAACUUAUCCUUGAGGGUUACUCAAAGCUAUCAAUCCUUAUUAGGUUUACAUCAAAAAUUAAGAGAAAUUGCUAAUUAUUUAGAUAAAGUUUAUUCAAAAAAACUACCAAUAAAUCAUACCAUCUUGGGUAAAUUACAAAAUGUCUUUAAUUUAUUACCCAACUUAACUAACCCAACCAAUCAUGCAAACCCAAUCUCAGAUUCAACUUCAAAUAGUCAAUCUCCAAGUGAAUCUUCAAAUCCUUUGGCCACUGCUUUCACCAUUAAAACCAAUGACGAAUUAAUGAUGGUCUAUUUGAGUACCUUGGUAAGAGCAAUCAUUGCUUAUCAUGACUUGAUUGAAAAUAAAUUAGAAAAUAAACAAUUGAAUGAAAAAAAUUCAAAAAAUGAUUUGGAUUCUGAUAAACCCGAAGCUGCUGCUUCGACUUCCACUGAAGAAUUAGGUGACGGGGCCUCUAAAGAGUAAUUCUCUCCAUAGCUAUAACUAAACGAAAAGCAUUUGA